UCAUCGUAACUUCCGUUCAACGUACUUCCGGUGUAGAUUAUUUCACUCAUGCUCCUGCAACGGUGAGUUUUUUUUUAACCACGCAAGGCCGACAGAAGAAAACACACAAGCACCAUGUUUAAACUAGAAGGACUCGGCCCAAAGAUGGACCCAGAGGAGAUGAAGAAGAAAAUGCGACAAGACGUCAUCUCAUCUCUACGAAACUUCCUUAUUUACGUCGCUCUUCUCAGAGCCACCCCAUAUGUGCUGAAGAAGCUGGACAGCAUAUGAGCAGAGCAGCUGUUUUCUUCCAUCAGAGACACUAUGGACCAUCAUCGGCAGACGAUGGGGGCCAUUACAGCAAAUCCUCUGACGAUGACCAGAGUCUGUCACUCACUGCACCUGAUGCAACACCCUGAUUUCAUUUUUAGUCUUGUUCUUACGGUGUGUUGGCCUUUCAUGUUCAACAUCAAGUGAAAUGCAAUGUUUGCUUUUGUGUAUACCUACUGUGUUCACAAAAUGAUGGGAGACAAUGUUUAUGUCUUUGGUUUGUUACUUUUCAUGAAAUCUGCUCUGUUCUACUCAUGUUGAAUUCAAAUUGUAAAAACUGCAUUUUAAAAAUGUCCAAGCUAAAUUCAAGCUCCAACAUUCUGAAGAUCUAAAUGAAUACGUGUUCGCCUCUUAAUAUUAUUAUGAAAUCACUGAAAAUAAAAACAGAAAACAAACAAAAGGAAAA